UUUCCCCAAUCAGCUUCCUCGCUCUUUCCUCUUCCCAUCUUCUUCUCCAAACGAUCUAACAAAACCAGAGCGAUAAAAAAAAAAAAAAAAGCCUUUCAUCUCUACUUCGACAAUCAGCGAUGCAACAAGGCGAUUACGGCUCCGUUCCCUAUUAUCCCUAUCCUCCUCACACCCAAAACCCUAACCCUAACCCUAGCCCCGAUCUUCCUCAGAGCUCCUACGCCUCCGCGCCGCCGUUCUCCGCCGGUUACGGCCCCUCCGAUUUCUCCGGUUACUCCCCGUCCUACCUUCCUUAUCCUCAAAAUCCCGAUCCCGUCCCCGCUCCUCCCACGGCCCCUUCAUAUUCUCCAACUCCGAACCCUAAUCUGCAGUCCUUCAAUUCCGCCUCCCAAGCCCCGUCCUUCCCUCCGUUCGAAUCCCACACGCCCUACCAACCACCGCCGCCGCCGCCGCCGCAGCAGCAAUCGUACUUCCCGCCGUACGAUCAGCAUCAGACGGCUCCCAAUUACGCGCCUCCUCCGGCGUCGGUUCCUCCGAACCCGAACCCUAGCGCUAGUCCUGCCCCCAAUUCACAAUUCCCGUCCUUGUACUCCGCCCCGUACGGUCAAUCGGGGGCUUCGGUGCCGCCGAUUUACGACAGCCCGUACGAGAAUUACGCGAAAUUCGAUCAGACCGGGGGCUAUUUCGAAGACAAGUACGGGAGUUACGGCCAGAGUCGAUCCGAUUUGGGGUCGGAUCUGUACGGAAAGAGAAACGAUUCGGGUCGAGACGACGGAUAUGGCGAUGGCGUUUAUGCUUACCAAGGGAACAAGGCCGAGCCGUACGGAGCUAGGGGCACUGUGCCGAAGUCGUCAUCGUCGACCUUGUUCGAUGAUUAUGGGAGAUCGAUUAGUUUCCCUUCUGUUAAAGACUCGUCCGUCAGCUCGAGCAAGAUUGUGAGAGCUGUCCCGAAAGCGGAUACCCUGCAAGACGUGAAGAGUGGGGUUCAGAAGUUUCGGGUCAAGCUGUUGGCUGAAAGUGGAGGCCAGAGUACCAUGGACGUUCUUUGCCAGAUUGGCUUGGAUGGGAUUCGCAUGCUUGAUCCCAGUACCAGUCGGACAUUGAGGAUAUAUCCCCUUGAAAAUAUUACUAGAUGUGAAAAAAUGGAUUCAUCUACCCUGGCAGUUUGGUCAAAGAGCUCUGUGGACAUUGAGCCAAGACGUAUUAGACUGCAAUCUAAUAGUUACACCGCUAACACACUUCUGGAUACUGUGACUGCUGCUACUGUACAG